GGGCAGCUCCCUAAUUACUAGGGCACUGAGAGCGUGAUCGUGCCAGUCGGCCGUGAGUGCCUUCAGCAGCUCGUAUCGGGACCCACUCUUACAGGUGCUGCUGCUACCUCUGCCGUGUUCAAACCCAAGUAGCUCCCACGGGAUCGUCCAUCCUCCAGAAGCUCAGUGCAAGGGCGUGAACUCAAGUUGCUGCAGAGCAUCCCGACCAUGACCUCCAAAAAGCUGGUGAACUCCGUGGCAGGCUGUGCCGAUGAUGCCCUUGCUGGCCUGGUGGCCUGUGACCCCAACCUGCAGCUCCUGCAGGGCCACCGCGUGGCCCUCCGUUCUGACCUGGACAGCCUCAAGGGCCGGGUGGCACUGCUGUCAGGGGGCGGUUCUGGCCAUGAGCCUGCCCAUGCUGGUUUCAUAGGGAAGGGGAUGCUGACGGGGGUCAUCGCGGGAGCCGUGUUUACCUCCCCGGCCGUGGGCAGCAUCCUGGCGGCCAUCAGGGCAGUGGCCCAGGCAGGCACAGUGGGGACCCUCCUCAUCGUGAAGAACUACACCGGAGAUCGGCUCAACUUUGGCCUGGCCCGGGAGCAGGCCCGGGCUGAGGGCAUCCCGGUGGAAAUGGUGGUCAUUGGGGAUGACAGUGCCUUCACCGUGCUGAAGAAGGCGGGCCGGCGGGGACUCUGCGGCACGGUCCUCAUACACAAGGUGGCAGGCGCCCUGGCUGAGGCAGGUGUGGGGCUGGAGGAGAUCACGAAGCAGGUGACCGCGGUUGCCAAGGCCAUGGGCACCCUGGGCGUGAGCCUCUCCUCCUGUAGCGUGCCAGGUUCCAAACCCACUUUUGAGCUCUCAGCGGAUGAGGUAGAACUGGGCCUAGGAAUCCACGGGGAAGCCGGCGUGCGCCGGAUAAAGAUGGCAACCGCCGAUGAGAUCGUGAAACUCAUGCUCGACCACAUGACCAGUGCCUCCAGUGCAUCCCACGUGCCCGUGAAGCCAGGCUCGUCAGUAGUGCUGAUGGUCAACAACCUGGGCGGCCUGUCGUUCCUGGAACUCGGCAUCAUCGCUGACGCGGCCGUCCGCUCUCUGGAGGGCCGCAAGGUGAAGAUCGCCCGUGCCCUAGUGGGCACCUUCAUGUCAGCACUGGAGAUGCCUGGUGUUUCUCUCACCCUCCUGCUGGUGGAUGAGCCCCUCCUGAAGCUGAUAGAUGCUGAGACCACCGCAGCAGCCUGGCCUCAUGUGGCCAAGGUCUCCGUGACUGGGCGGAACCGGAGCCGGGCAGCCCCAGUGGAGCCCCCGGAAACCCCUGACUCCACUGCUGCCAGAGGCCCAGCCUCUAAGCAGAUGGUGCUCGUGCUGGAACGUGUGUGCACCACCCUUCUGGGCCUGGAGGAACAUCUGAAUGCACUGGACAGGGCUGCUGGCGAUGGGGACUGCGGUACCACCCACAGCCGGGCUGCCAGAGCCAUCCAGAGCUGGCUGAAGGAGGGCCCGCCCCCCACCAGCCCUGCCCAGCUGCUCUCCAGGCUGUCUGUCCUGCUGCUGGAGAAGAUGGGGGGCUCCUCUGGAGCACUCUACGGCCUGUUCCUGACGGCAGCUUCCCAGCCCCUCAAAACCAAGACCGACCUGCCAGCCUGGGCUGCUGCCAUGGAUGCCGGCUUGGAGGCCAUGCAGAAGUAUGGGAAGGCCGCGCCAGGAGACAGGACUAUGCUGGAUUCUCUGUGGGCAGCAAGACAGGAGCUCCAAGCCUGGAAGAGCCCCGGGGCAAAUCUGAUUCAAGUUCUGACCAAGGCAGUGAAGAGUGCAGAAGCCGCCGCCGAGGCCACCAAGAAUAUGGAAGCGGGAGCCGGAAGAGCCAGUUACAUCAGCUCUGCGCGGCUGGAGCAGCCAGACCCCGGGGCCGUGGCAGCUGCGGCCAUCCUCCGUGCCAUCCUGGAGGGAUUGCAGAGCCAGGGUGUGUGACUGCCUCCCUUCGCCGCUGUUUGGAGGCAAUCAUCGUCACUUCACUUCCGUCUGGCUUCCAAGGGUCACCUUCCUUCCUCCCCUUUCGCUCCCCCGCCCUGCCCUUCUGAGUUUAGCAGGAAAUCCUCCAGAAGGCUCCCCUGCAGAGCUGGAUGGGUCACUUGCCUCUCCUGCACUGCCCUUUUACCUCUUCAGGAAGGGUGGAGUCCCCAGGUCACCCCGCCCUGCCCUAGCCAGCUCUGAGCUUCAGCGAUAAGGCAUUUUCUUCCCCGAGCAGCAGUACAACUUUUCACUGGCAGUGUUAAAUUGAUUUUAAGACUCCCUGCCUCCUGCACUCGAACCCAAACCAAUGCAGAAAAGAAAGCUAACAAGGGGCCAGCCGGUGGUGCCGCAGUCACGUGAUGCUCUGCAGUGCUGGGCCCACACACGCAGGUCCUGGGCUUCUAUCCCAGGGCCUCCCUGUGUGCACUGGACAUGUGUGUGCCCAUGAUCCAGGCGGGCUGAGGCUGGGGAUGGACCCUUUGGUGGGUGCCUGCCUCUAUGUCACUUUCUGUCAUGGGAAAAAUAAACUUUUUAAAAAGCGAA